AUGGCGACUAAGACGAAAACUAGUACUGUAAGAUCUUCAGUAAUAAUCCUCGUCUUCCUUUUUCUCUUCAUCGGAGUUAUCCUCUUCCGUGCUUCCUUCGAAAUUAAUUCCAUUCUCACUGAUACAACUCCAACAGUCUCAGUACAGCUUCAAAAGAAACUACAACUCCAACUAAAUUGUACAAAUGGGAACCUCACAAACACUUGCCCUGCUUCUUACUACCCGUUAAAGUUCACGAAUCAAAAUCAAUCCAAUUCAUCAUCAUCUACAUGUCCAGAUUACUUUAGUUGGAUCUACGAUGAUCUAUGGCCUUGGAGAGAAACAGGAGUCACCGAAGAAAUGGUGAUGGCAGGCAAAAGUAAUGCAGAUUUUCGAUUGGUGAUCGAGGAUGGAAGAGCAUACGUUGAAACGUAUCGAGAGUCAUUUCAAAGCAGAGAUACAUUUACAUUAUGGGGUAUUUUACAAAUGUUACGUAGGUACCCUGGUAAAGUACCUGAUUUGGACCUGAUGUUCAAUUGUGGUGACAGUACAGUUACUGAGACUAAAUUCUAUCGACGCCCUAAUGCCCCUGCUCCUCCACCUCUGUUCCGAUACUGUGGAAAUGACGCGAGUUUGGAUAUUGUUUUUCCUGAUUGGUCAUUCUGGGGAUGGGCAGAGAUUAAUAUAAAGCCUUGGGAGACAUUGUCAAAGGAGUUAAAAAAAGCGAAUGAGAAGUUAAAAUGGAGUAACAGGGAACCAUAUGCAUACUGGAAGGGCAAUCCUUAUGUUGCUGGAACCAGGAUGGAUAUGCUUAAGUGUAAUGUUUCUGAAAAACAGGACUGGAAUGCGCGUAUAUAUAAACAGGACUGGAUUAAAGAACAGAAGCAAGGUUUUAAGCAAUCAAAUUUAGCUAGUCAGUGCAAACACAGAUACAAGAUUUAUGUUGAAGGACAGACAUGGUCCGUGAGUGAAAAAUACAUUCUGGCCUGUGAUUCUGUUACGUUACUUAUAAAACCAUACUACUACGAUUUCUAUAGCAGAGGUUUGAUGCCGUUGAAACAUUACUGGCCUGUAAAUAAUAAUGACAAAUGCCGAUCUAUCAAGCAUGCUGUUGACUGGGGGAAUACUCAUCAAAAAGAGGCUCAGGAGAUUGGUAAGGCAGCAAACGAUUUCCUUCAAGAACAACUCAAAAUGGAUUAUGUAUACGACUACAUGUUCCAUCUCUUGAGUGAGUACGCAAAGCUAUUGAAAUACAAGCCCACUGUACCUGAAAAAGCAAUUGAACUUUGUUCAGAAGUAAUGGCAUGUCCAGCUGAAGGAGUGAUAAAGAAGUUCAUGGCAGAAUCUAUGGUUAAAGGCCCCUCCGACACGAUACCUUGCAACAUGCCACCUCCAUUUAGUCCUGCAGAUCUUCACUCUCUUCUUGUUACAAAAGAAAAUUCGAUUAAACAAGUUGAAUCAUGGGAAAAACAAUACUGGAAUAAGAACAAAAGCAAGCAACAUUGA